GAACCAAAACUGACACUGUGACGAUGAAAGCAAGAGCGAAAAAGCAUUGAAGCUGCGUUCACUGCGAUGUGUCAAUGAUCUAAAUUUUAAUUUUAUAAAGUUCGAUUUGAGAGCAGCAUAUUUGAUGGCAUAGUGCUGCAUGAAAAAUUACUUUGCCAGUGAAUUCCUGUGCAUAAUUUCCUCAUUUUUACGGGUCAUUGAAUACACACAUUCGCAAUGGUGAUCAUCACCGUCUGUAGCUUCAUAAAACCAAGGACAUUGUCCAGCCUACGAACCCUUCAGAGACUGAAUUCUAGCGCAACGCACUUGCCAGGCAGCCCUCUUGCUGUUUUGCAUGAAAAAAUUGAAAAAGGUGAACUCAUUAAGGAUGAAUAUCAGCUACACAUCGCUGAAGAACUGCAGAAGGUCUACGUAGACCUCCAAAACUACCAACCGCAGAAACCAAGCCUGUUUGGCAAACUGUUUGGCAGCUCAAAAAAAUCAUUGGAAGCGCCCAAAGGUCUUUAUUUGUAUGGUGCAGUUGGAGGAGGAAAAACAAUGCUGAUGGACCUCUUCCACAACUGCUGUGACCACAUUUCCAAGAAGAAAAGGGUUCACUUUCACGCCUUCAUGCAGGAUGUUCACACCAGGAUCCACGAAAACAAGCAACUGCAGUCUCAGAUUGGAGACGGAGGGAGAAGCAGCAAGUCGAGGUCUUACGAUCCGAUCCCACCAGUGGCCGAAUCAAUUAGCAAGGAGGUUUGGCUCAUUUGUUUUGACGAAUUUCAAGUAACCGAUAUUGCCGAUGCCAUGAUUUUGAAACGCCUCUUCACUGCUCUUUUUCGGUCGGGAGUAGUUGUGGUGGCCACCAGCAACAGAUCCCCUGAUGACCUGUACAAAAACGGUUUGCAGCGCUCCAACUUUGUGCCAUUUAUUGGCGUACUGAAGUCGCGUUGCAAUGUGGCCAGCUUAGAUUCUGGAAUCGACUACAGGCUCAAGUCCUUGCCAGGAAGACAGCGAAGCUAUUUUAUCAAAAAGGACUGUGAAGCCAAUCAAGAGGCUGAUAAUAUUUUCAAGUUCCUGUGUUCCAUGGAGAAUGACAUCAUCCGGCCCAAAACUCUCAGAAUCAAAGGCAGAAACGUAACCUUUCAGCGUACUUGUGGGCAAGUUGCGGACUGUACUUUUACUGAAUUAUGUGAUAGGCCUCUGGGUGCGAGCGAUUACCUUAAGAUGGCACACGCCUUCCAUACUAUUAUCAUCAGAGACGUUCCUGAGCUUAGUCUGAAGCUGAAAUCUCAGUCCAGGAGAUUCAUCACUCUGAUUGACACUCUCUACGACAACAGAGUCAGAGUAGUAGUAACGGCUGAUGCAUCACACAAAAAUUUAUUUGUCGCGGUGCAAGAUGAUCACGUGGCUGACGACCACAGAGCUUUAAUGGAUGAUCUAGGAAUCAAGCUCGGAUCUGAAAACGCGUCUGCCAGUAUAUUUACAGGCGAAGAGGAGCUGUUUGCUUUUGACCGGACAGUCUCCAGACUGGCAGAAAUGCAGACCAGAGAGUAUUGGGAGCAGUGGGAGAAGCACAAGUGAAGAUAAUGUCAUAGCUCAAUAGAAUGGCAAGCCUGCCAAAAAACCAGAAA